UCGGGAAGCUGCGCCCUCCCGCAGGCCCGGCGCUGCUCAAGAUGGCGGCUGACAGUGAGCCUGAGUCCGAGGUGUUCGAAAUCACGGAUUUCACUACCGCCUCCGAGUGGGAGAGAUUUAUUUCUAGAGUUGAAGAGGUUUUGAAUGACUGGAAACUUAUUGGUCCUUCUACAGGGAAACCUUUGGAAAAGGGUGUAUAUACCACUGAAACAUGGGAGGAGAAAUCAGAGGAGAUUGCUUUUGCUGACUUCAGAUUCUCUGUGACACAUCAUUGUCUAAUCCAGGAAUCCAAUGACAAGGAUGCAAAAGAGGAACUAGUAGAAGAUGCUCUUCCAGUUGCCAUGCAAGAUCUUCUGUGUUUGAACAAUGAUUUUCCACCUAGAGCUCAUUGUCUAGUAAGAUGGUAUGGGUUGCGUGAAUUUUUAGCCAUUGCACCAGCAGCAAAUAAUGAUGCAGUUCUUAGUGAAUCAAAAUGUAAUCUUCUUUUGAGUUCCAUUUCUAUUGCAUUGGGAAACACAGGCUGCCAAGUGCCAGUAUUUGUGCAAAUUCAACACAAAUGGAGAAGAAUGUUUGUUGGAGAAUGUCAAGGACCUGGAGUUAGAACAGACUUUGAAAUGGUUCAUCUUCGCAAAGUGCCCAGUCAAUAUACACAUGUAUCAGGACUGUUAGACAUCUUCAAAUCUAAAAUUGGCUGUCCAUUAACUCCAUUACCUCCAAUUAAUAUAAGUGUUCGGCUUACAUAUGUACUUCAGGAUUGGCAGCAAUAUUUCUGGCCUCAACAGCCACCAGAUAUAGAUGCUUUAGUUGGAGGAGAGGUUGGAGGUCUAGAAUUUGGAAAGUUGCCAUUUGGUGCCUGUGAGGAUCCUAUCAGUGAACUCCAUUUAGCAACUACAUGGCCUGACCUUACAGAUGGCAUAAUUGUAGACAAUGAUGUUUAUUCAGAUUUGGAUCCCGUGCAAGCACCUCAGUGGUCUGUGAGAGUCAGAAAAGCCGACAAUCCACAGUGUUUACUGAGUGAUUUUGUUACUGAAUUUUUCAAACUUUGUCGUCGGAAAGAAUCAACUGAUGAAAUUCUUGGAAGAUCAGCAUUUGAGGAAGAGGGCAAAGAUGCUGAUAUAAGUCAUGCUUUGUCAAAGCUCACAGAACCAGCACCAGUCCCAAUCCAUAAACUCUCAGUGACAAAUAUGGUUCACACUGCAAAGAAAAAGAUUCGUAAACACAGAGGUAUAGAUGAAUCACCAUUAAAUAAUGAAGUCCUCAAUACUAUUCUCUUGUACUUAUUCCCUGAUGCUACUGACAAAUCAACAGAUGGAUCUGAAGCCAGAACUAGUACUUCAACAGGAAGUCUUCCUCCCCCAGACAGUGAAGACUAUAAUCUCUACAUCCAAUUCAAAUCCGCGCCUUCUGAUAGCCUAACUUACAAACUGGCCCUCUGUUUUUGUAUGAUCAAUUUUUACCAUGGUGGGGUCAAAGGAGUUGCACAUCUUUGGCAGGAGUUUGUCUUGGAAAUGCGUUAUAGAUGGGAGAACAAUUUCUUCAUACCAGGGUUAGCUGGUGGUGCUCCAGAUCUGAGAUGUUGUUUACUGCACCAGAAACUCCAGAUGUUAAAUUGUUGCAUUGAAAGAAAGAAAGCAAGAGAUGAAGGGAAAAAAGGCAAUAAUUCCGAUCGACCUUCUAGUGACACUGGGAAAACAAUUAACCUGAUGGGUCGAGACAAUGUGAAAGAUGCUGACAAGGAAAAAGGAGAAGCAGGAAAAUCUUGGGAAUCUUGGAGUGACAGUGAAGAAGAAUUUUUUGAAUGCCUAAGUGACACAGAGGAGCUUAAAGGAAAUGGACAAGAAAGUGGGAAGAAAGGGACUGCAAAAGAAGGCAGCAAGGAAACUCUAGCAUUAAAGCCAGAAGGCCGUCUACAUCAGCAUGGCAACUUGACUUUGCUUCAUCCUGGGGACCCUCUAUAUGUUCCAAUAACACAGGAACCUGCUCCUAUGACUGAAGAUCUGUUAGAAGAACAGUCUGAAGUGUUGGCUAAACUGGGAACCUCGGCGGAAGGAGCCCAUCUCCGAGCUCGUAUGCAAAGUGCCUGUUUGCUGUCAGACAUGGAAUCUUUCAAGGCUGCCAAUCCUGGUUGCUGUCUGGAGGAUUUUGUAAGAUGGUAUUCACCUCGUGAUUACAUAGAAGAAGAAACUGUGGAUGAAAAUGGGGAGAUAGUUAUUAGAGGGGAGCUGAGUGCCCGAAUGAAGAUUCCAAGUAAUAUGUGGGUUGAAGCAUGGGAGACAGCAAAGCCAAUUCCAGCCAGGAGGCAGAGGAGACUCUUUGAUGAUACUCGUGAGGCAGAGAAGGUGCUGCACUAUUUAGCAGUUCAGAAACCCGCAGAUCUUGCAAGACAUCUUCUUCCUUGUGUUAUCCAUGCAGCUGUACUCAAGGUAAAGGAAGAAGAAUCUCUAGAAGACAUUUCUUCAGUAAAGAAGAUAAUUAAGCAGACAAUUGCCCAUUCCAGUAAAGUUCUCCGGUUUCCAAACCCAGAAGACAAAAAACUAGAGGAAAUCAUUGGCCAGAUUAUGAGUGUGGAAGCCACUAUUGCCAGAGCAAGGUCACUGAAAGCAAAAUUUGGGAUAGAGAAAUGUGAUCAAGAAGAAGAACGCAAAGAUUUAGAAAGAUUUGUCAAUUCUUUUCUGGAGCAGCCAGAAGUAUCAGUCAUUGGAGCUGGAAGAGGACCUGCUGGUACUAUUAUUCACAAGCUUUUUGUGAAUGCACAGAGGCUGACUGAAUCUUCUGAGGAGGUUGCUACAAUGAUGCCUCUUGAUGACGAACUGAAGAGAUCUGGCUCUAUGGAUGAGAAACGAUUGAGUUCUGGAAUGGUGGCAGAUUUCCCACCCCCAGCAGGGCGGGAGGUUAUUUUGCGCACAACUGUCCCAAGGCCUGCACCUUAUUCUAAACCUCUGCCUCAGAGAAUGUACAGUGUUCUUACGAAAGAGGAUUUCCGACUUGCUGGUGCCUUCUCAUCUGACACAACAUUCUUCUGAUCUCACCAUCUCGUCUGCUGAUCAGGCCUCUUGUGCUGGUAGAAGUGUUUUGCUGGAAGAGCAUGCCUGACAGGAUUGCUCUGCCCAGUCCUCCAGCUCUGAGGAUAGUCCUUUUCUAAACUGGUAAAUAAGCAUCCUCACAGACUAGUCAUUCAAGAACAAAGCCAAACAGUUUCCCUGUGAGAGGCAGAUAAUCUUUUCUGCCCAGAGCCCCAUUCUGUGAACUCCUCCACAGUGUUAGAGAGUUUUGUGGGAUGUUGAGAACAGAAUUACUGGUUUUCAGGUAGUAGUUCAUUCCCAGUAAGUGAAUCUGCUUACAGUAAUAAUGGACCUAUUUAAAGUGGCAUAUACUAGCAUGUAAAAGCAAAAUAUGGUGGUACUUGUAGAAAUUUAUGAUGUUGUGUGAAAAGCUUGCUUUGUUGUUUUAAUGCUAAUCGAAAAUGAGAAUUAGGUAUAUAAGUGGGUUCAUAUGUAUUUGUUAGCAUAAUAAAAUACAACUCAUUUGUGGGUCUA